GUAUGUGGAGGUAAACAUGAAUUCUGCUGCCCUUGUUUGGCCAUUAUUUAAUAGCCUGCAGGCUUCUGGCCUGGACUUUAGUGUCUGGAAGCGGUAUAAUUUCACUCCAGAGUGUUUCAAUCUGGCCACUUUCAAAGUGCAGCAUGGUCAGAAAAGCUACUCAUUACGUCCAGAAUUAAUCGAAAGCACGUAUUGGUUGUACAAAGCUACACGAAACCCCAGAUAUCUUGAUGACGGACGAGAAAUGCUUGCCAGUUUACAGUUGGCUCGAUGCACGUGCAGAUAUUGUCAUAUCUCGGAUGUUGAGUUUCAUCAGCAUGAAGAUCACAUGGAAAGCUUUUUCUUGCCUGAGACU